AUGGCGGCAGCGUCGGGUGGUGAAGCGCGAGUUAGCAGCAAGUGGUCGGCUCAGCAGAAACUAGGCAGCAAGCGGCCCGUGCCUCCUCCUACGUCGGACGACUACAUCAGUUGGACAGUCGAUCAAUUGAAGCUAGAGUGCACCGCGCGUAAACUCUCGGUAGCGAAGAACACUAGCAAGGCGGACCGAGUGGCCAUAUUGCACGGGUACGAUGGGUCCAAAAAAGCUAUCGAGCUGCUUCUUGAGCAUCAACGCGCUACUAAACGAGGCCGCAGCGAAGGGAAGAGUAGCGCUGAGAGGCGAUCUCGUCAUUGUUUGUACCGACUACUGAACGUUCUCUUCUCCGAAGUAUUUUUUGUGAGCUUUGUGUCUUCUGGGGACACGCUCACGCGGCGAGAGCUGGAUGAAGGUGGUCGUAGGUUCUGGGAAGAAAUUGCUGAAGCCUUCAAUACAUUGAAUGAAGACUUUGACCGCCUCGUUUCCGAUGAUUCAUUGUUUGAAGGGAUCGACCCUAGCCAAAUUACAACACAUUCUGGAUCAAAGUUGAGAGAUAUGUGGAAAGAGUGCAGUUCUCGGUUCGCUACUGCAGAAGGAAGGUGCCAGCUCUCUGGGUCCCAUGAUGAAUGUUAA